AGUGAGCUGAACAAAAUGUGAUAUUUUCUGUUUCCGCAGAGUGUCGUGGUUCUCAAAUAUAACAAAAGUUUUACGAGCCCUGUUUUGGCGGACUUUUGAUUGGGGCUCGUAAAAAUAUUGUUGUACUUGUCGACCACAAUAUGCUGCGAAAACGGAAAAUAUCACAUUUUGUUCAGCUCACUUUUCUCUACAAGACUAGAUGUAAACAAUUCCUUAAUUUCCUUUUGUUCGAACGCCAAGAGGCUCGCAAAACAACAAAAAUCGUGACGGAAUCACGCGUUACGUGGACAGGCCGAGAGCCUUUCUCUUUCAACAUAUUUCCGUAAAUCGUGAUAAAUCGUAAUAUAAAGUUAAAAGGUUUUCUGCACACCUUCUGCAGACCCCAAGGAGGUUGAUCAUGCCAAGGACAUUGCUCUUGCUUGUCGGCGCAUUGAAUCGUGUCUUUGGAUUAGCUCCAACUGAAAUUCGGCGUCGAAUCUAUCUUUCUUCUAUUCUUCCUAAAAUCGACUAUUGCUGUUCCUUGCACGACAGUUCGUUUUCUCUUACUAUUUUUGAUUCGUUAAACAAACUCGCUUCUCGUAUUAUCUCUCACAAUUUUGACUUCCGUUCUUCUAGUUCUCUACUUGUGUCUCAUCUUUCUCUUCCAAAUCUCUCUCUUCGUCGUAAAUACUUUAGACUUUUAUAGUUUUUCAAAAUUUAUCAUCGUCUAAGUCCUGUGUCUCUCUUUUAUACUAUUCAUCGUCCUCACUACUCAUCUUUACGUCUUCAUCACUCUAAAUACGUUCGUCUUCCACCUUCUGUUGAUGGUUUUUCUCCACAAACGGUGCAUUCUUCAUUUUUUUAUUCAACUAUUACUGAUUGGAAUAAUCUUCCAGAGUCAGUUAUUUGUCUUUCUUCUUUUAUGUCUUUCAAAACAGCUUUACUUCAGUAUCUCUUCCAGUGAAACGCUUGCCAGUUAAGCAUUUAUGCUUGUUCUUUUUGCAUGCUUUUUGUUACUUUUUUUUAAAAAUUUUUUGUUUUCUUUUACUACUUCUGGUUCUAAUCUUAGUUGUCUUCUUUAUUUUGUUAUUUCUUUUAUUACUAUUUUGGUGUUGUUUGGCUUGAGUCAUUGUUAUUACAGGUCGGUGACCUUUGAUGACUCUCACUUUUCGUGAAUAAACAAUCUUAGUCUUAGUCUUAGUCUAAAAUUUCCACAUUUCACGUUGAUAGUAGAGAUAUAUGGAUGCCUAGUUUUGACCUGUCCACCAUUUUAGAUCAAUCUGUAUCACAGUGGAAUUGUUAUAAUAGGGAAUCGUGGUUCUUCAACUUCAAGCUUAUCGCCAUAACAAGCACACAAAAGUACGUUAUUUUACAUGUAGAUCAAGGAUAAUUUACCAUAUGUAAUGCGUGGUGAAAAUCGCAGAAGCAGAUGAUGUGAUGACUGAUAAUGGGAAAAAAAAGAUAGGUGUAUCCAUAAUUUUUCGUUUUUUGCGUAGUUCAUACCAGCUCGAUGAUAUAUACUAUAAAAAGUGAAAAAGAAAACCCUCUUUUGUUUUUUAUGUUGUUCAGUCAUAUUGAAUGAGAAAGUUAAGAUGUCUUCAUGUGUACAUGCUGUCAGACGUCUUUUUUCAGAUAUUUCUUUGACAAAAAGAAAAUUUGUUGGAAGCAACAUUUUCUCAGUUAAUCACAUGCAAAACCGACACUACUCCAUAAACAACGAUAUUUUAAUUGAUAUUAAUUUCAAAACAAAUAACAUGAGGAAAUUUGCGUUUUGUUUUAGAUAAUCAUGUUCCUUGAUGAUCUAUCUGAUGAUGUAUUAAUGUUAAUCUUUGAAAAAUUGGACAUCAUUGUUCUCCAUGCUGCAGUUAAGAAUGUCAAUCAUCGUUUCAAUAGGAUUCUCACCGAUAAGCGUUUACGAUUUUAUUCAAACACAUCAGCUAUAACUCAAGAUAAACUUGAAUAUUAUCGGCGAAACUCAUUAACAACAAUGAUAACUGAUUUUUCUCAUAAUAAUACUGUUAAAUUCAAUCUGCAGUACUUGUUUAAUUCAAAAAUGACUAAAAUUGAACGUUUAACAUUACAAAUAUGCGUCAUUCAGGAUUUAAUUGAUAUUCUUCCGUAUCUACCUGAACUCCAGUAUUUGAAUAUUAAAGAUUUGAACAUGGAUUACUUGAAAUACACGGAUGAUGCUCUUCACAAUAUUAGUCUAAUGCGGUUAACCUGUUUAAUUCUUAAUAUUACACCAUUGCAGUUUAGUACACUUAAAAAAUUUCUGGAAUGUAUGCCGAUACUUCGUAAAUUAACAAUUAGUGGUCAAUGUUUUCCACCUUGCGACGAAUGUUUUGAUACUGAACAGUGGAAACGACUUUCUUCGACAUCAUUACCCAAACUCGAACAUUUUCAUCUGGCAUUGCGUGCACGUUAUACACCACAACUCGAUGAGUUAAAGAAAACGUUUGAAAAGGAUGAAUAUUGGACAACAAUAAUAAGAAAGUCCAAAAUAAUUCUCUAUCUGAGAAAAAAUCCAAGUUAA